UUGGUUCACACGGACGAUCGACAUGCGCUUCGUUCCAUGGCUAGACAAUUGCACCGUGAAGCCUUACUGUCUAGUUCAGUUGACGAGUCAUUGGAUGAAGAGUCCGUUAGCCUUCCGUUUUCGCAGCAGCUUCAGUGGUUCUUGGAAGGACUGCGUUCCGGAGAAGGAGCUUCCAUGUCAUUGUUGAUUAUACUGUAUGAGUUCGAUCUGUUUGCACUUCAUCGAAAUCAGAUAUUGUUGUAUAAUUUAUUUGACUGCUGUCAAUGCACCGAUACCCCAAUAUGCGUCAUUGGCGUAACUUGUCGACUUGAUAUUAUGGAACUGCUAGAGAAGCGAGUCAAAUCCCGAUUCUCUCAUCGCCAGAUCCACCUAACCUCAAUCGCCGCCCCAUUAGACCAUUGCACAUCGUACGGAGUUGAUGAUGAAAACGACGAUACCAAAUCCCCGGCUUUUGAACGUUUCUGUCAGGCUUGCACGCACUUUCUAACUUUUCGGAUCGAUGAAGUAAUCUCGAAAGACACUCAUUUUUUGACUCAGACGGAACGCCGUGUGGCUGAGUCAGCUGUCAAGGCCUGGAACCAUCAUAUAGUGGAGUUAUUGUCAGAUGAGAUUGUGAUCGACUCUCUUCGACAGGCUUGGUCCGUUUCUGUCAGCUUGCGCCGGCUUGUGAAUCUUUUAAUUACCAUAGUCGCCAAACUUGGUCCUGAAAAAACACGGAUUGAACCAGUGGAAUUUAUUGACUCACUUUGUGCCCUUCGACAAGAUGCUAAAAUUAACUCAUUGAACGGUCUAUGUAUCCUCGAACUGAUUUUGAUCGCAACUUUGGUCAAACUGCAGGAUGUCAAUGACGGACAGCCGGUGAACUUUGAGGUAUUGUAUAGCGAAUAUGCCAAAUUUUGUCGUGCUCAGUGCCCCUCCUAUCUGUACGAGAAACCGGUUGUGUUCAAAGCUCUCGACAACCUGAUCGAAUCGGAAUUGGUUGUCAGCGGAAAAGAGGCCUUGGCUGUCUCGGCCCUAAUCACAUCCGGUCGGGCAGCAAACAGUGCGGGCGCCCAAAUGCCAAACUACAAACCACUGUUCUGUUUUGUCAACAUGGAAACUAUCAGCGCGUGUUUGGAUGCCUAUCCGAAUUGUCCGAUGGAGCUCCGGUUCUGGGUUCACUCCCGCACCUAUUGA